AAUUCAGUAUGUGUGCGAAGACGCAUAUUGUAUAAUUUGUAUUGCAUCAGUGUGCGCCGUGCGGAUUAUUAUUGUUUGUGCUACAACGCCCCACUCAAAAACUGGUUAAGCUUAUACAAAGUUUUAUAUUCAUUUAUAUUUACGUUGCGGUUUAGGCACGUUAGAGCUUGGGCGUCUCCCAAUGUCAAUGUCAAUGCUGUAGACGUAUAUAUGUUCUGUGUUCAUUCGGCACAUUGUGUUUUGCGAAUUCAUAACGCAAGGUGGAGUAGUAAAAAAAAUGGGAAGAAUUCAGGGUCAUCUGCCUUACCCCAAGCACAAAUUAUAAAUACUACAACUACUAUAUUAAGUACACAUUUUAAUGCAAAUAUUGGAGAGUUUCCUUACAUGGUUUCCUUUCAAAAGAGGUUUGAUGAGACAUCUGAGCGUGGACAUCAAUGUGGUGGGGUGUUGAUCACAUUAGAACAUGUAUUGACCGCUGCCAGCUGUUUGUUUUUCGAUGCCUCAGGGUAUCCUGCAGAGAUUGACUCAAAAUACUAUAGGAUAUUUGCUGGCCAUAAUGGUCUUUCUAAUGACAAGGACCCUGACCGCCUGCGCCUGAUAAAAAGCUACACAAUGCAUCCUAACUUUGAGGCUGGUGACAAACACCUAUAUGACAUUGCUGUUUUAACUUUGGCUUCACCAUUCAUUGAAAACUACAGGCUGAAGCCUCUUCCUUUACCAAAGCAGGAUGACAGACCUGAGAAUCACCUAUAUGAUGAUAGGGUAGGUGCUGUCUACUGUAAAGUUCCUGGAUGGGGACAAGAUACUCCAACUGCCCCUACGCAAAAUACUAUGAAAUACGUAUCGAAGACUCUUCGAAAUCUGAAAGAAUGUGAAUCCGAGUACCCGAAAGUAGAUUUGUCUGCUGUCUCCUCGAGUAUGGUGUGUGCUGCUUCAACCAUGAACAUGACUUAUGGAUGCCAUGGUGAUGAAGGCAACCCUUUAGUUUGCAACAAUCGUCUAGUGGGUAUUCUAUUUCAAAACCACACGUGUGAGAUUUCUACGAAACCUCAACUGUACACUCGCGUCUCGCACUACUCCAACUGGAUACAGAGCGUCAUUGAUGCCCAGAAAGCAUCUUCAACAACCUUUCAGCCAACCGUCGCUAUGGUUACCAUCUUUACUGUAUCACAGUAUGUAAUCUCUAAGUUCAAUAUUUAGGUAAAUUAUCGCAUAUACUUUACCUAUUUAAAUGUUUGAUCAAAUCUCUAAAUACAAAUAAUCAAUGGUGCUUUUGACGUUAAUGAAACAAAUAUUUUUCAUUAGAGCUGGAGGACUUAGCGAGUCUCCAGAUUGUUGUUAAAUUUACCCAUCAUGCCUUUGUAAUUGUAAGUUUAUACGAAUGCAUAACGCUAGUAGUCUAAAUGUUAUACGCACGUCACGCACUUUAUAUACUUAUUAUCGCAUAGCGAAACUUAUGUUUCUUUUGACUGUUGUGAUGUUACUUAAUAACUUAAGGCGUAAAUCAAAUGCUUUACAUAUUCUUGUAUACUGAUUUAAAUAUUACACCCUUUCAAUCAGUGGAUAUUCGUAGCAAGUAAGAAUUGUUUUAUAUUAUUUUGGAUGAACCAAUUUACUAAAACUAUAUGCUAAGUUAACAGUGUUAUCAUACAAAAUGGAUACCUACUCAAAUAAGUGAUAUUGUAUUUACAACGUGCAUUUUUAAUACGAUUGUGAUCUUAUCCAAGCCAAGUAACAACCUUGAAAAAAGGAAGGAUAAUACUAGUUUUUAUGAAAAACCUAAGCAAUUAAAACUAAUAGCAGCUCAACCACAGGUUUUGAGAGAUGAUUAUCCUUGUCUAUACGUACGGUUUUAUGUGUGCGUGCUCACACAAGACAGCUUUUAUUUGAGUUACAUUGACACACAAGUAAAAGACUUGUAUUAGUACACUACAUUUACAAAGGUGGCCAACACAUGAAGCCAUGCGCAAGA